CUCCAACGGCGGAGGAGGGGAGGGGGAGGGGUGGCACAUGUCCCCUCAAGGCGACUCCGGUGAAGAUAUGUAUUCGGAGUUCCCGACCCCUCUUUUGUUUUCAUAAGUUCUGAUUUGUAUUUAUAGUUUUAGUAGUUCUUCAAAGUAUGGUUGUCUACAACUUGUUUAAUAUUAUCCAGGAAGCCAAUCUGUCUGGGGAUAAACCAAAUGGGGUUUGCCCCCCCAAAUGAUGAUGAACAGAACGUCAUCAUCAUGGAGAAGCACCAGAGAUCAGCAGCUGCGGCUGAUCAAUGCUUCUCCAUGAUGACUUUCAACGAUGAGAUUCAAAUCCCCAGCUAUGAUCAUCAUCAUCAUCAUCCAUUAUUAUCUCCUCCCUUGUUUCCCCCCAUGGAAGAUGGUACAAUUUAUCAUGCUUCAUCUUCUCAACCUUUUCCCCUUAAGAAUUACGUUAGAAGGAAGAGAAAGAGGAACAACAAUAAAGAUAAGGGAGAAGGUGAUGAUCAUCAUGGGAAGGCAAAAGAGGUUGUUCAUGUAAGAGCAAAGAGAGGACAAGCUACAGAUAGUCAUAGCUUGGCUGAAAGGCAACGUAGGGAGAAAAUAAAUGAAAAGCUCAAAUCCUUGCAAGGUUUGGUUCCAGGUUGUUAUAAGACAAUGGGAAUGGCUGUAAUGCUGGAUGUAAUAAUAAACUACAUCAGGUCACUCCAGAAUCAGAUUGAUUUUCUUUCCAUGAAACUCUCAGCAGCAAGUUUGUUCUAUGACUUCAAUUCUUCAGAAAUGGAUGCAUUGGACUUGGUACAUCAGGGAACAAGUCUUUAUGAAGCUCAAGAGAUGGGAAAAGCUAUGGGAAAUUGCUGGCCAAAGCAGAUAGCCGCCACCACGAGUUCUGUCAACGCCAGCUCGCCGCCGCCUUCUUCCAAGAAGAAAGGCGGCGGAGGUGGUGGCGGCCACCGCGAGGUGGUCCCACCAAGUGGGAGAAUACUGGUGCCAAAUUUGAAGCCUUUCACUUUGGGGGAGCUGAAGAGUGCCACGAGGAACUUCAGGCCGGACAGUAUACUGGGAGAGGGAGGGUUCGGGAGGGUGUUUAAGGGCUGGGUUGACCCUAAUAAGGACUAUGCGCCCUCCAGAGCUGGGGUUGGUGUCCCAGUUGCAGUCAAGAAAUCCAAUCCGGAUAGUGAACAGGGAUUGAAGGAAUGGCAGGCAGAAGUGAAAUUCUUGGGGAAAUUUUCUCACCCAAACCUUGUCAAGCUUUUUGGGUAUUGUUGGGAGGAGAAGCAGUUUCUUCUUGUUUAUGAAUACAUGCUCAAGGGCAGCUUAGAAAGUCAUCUUUUCCGAAAGAAGGGAGGAGAACCACUUUCUUGGGAUACAAGGCUGAAAAUUGCCAUAGGAGCUGCCAAAGGACUUGUUUUCUUGCACAACACAGAGAGAAGUGUCAUCUACAGAGAUUUCAAGGCAUCCAACAUUUUACUUGAUGGGGAGUUUAAUGCAAAGCUUUCUGAUUUCGGGUUAGCCAAAUUUGGUCCGAUCGAUGGUAACUCGCAUGUUACCACCAACGUUGUUGGCACGUACGGUUAUGCAGCUCCCGAGUAUAUGUCCACAGGUCAUUUGUACAUAAAGAGUGAUGUUUAUGCAUUUGGAGUAGUACUACUCGAAAUGAUAUCAGGCUUGAGGGUUCUUGAUUUGGGCCGAGAACCCGGUAAGCACGAUUUGGUCGAGUGGGCCAAACCCAUAUUACCCAAUAAAAGGAGUUUGAGGAGAUUAUUAAUGGAUCCUCGUCUAGAGCAAAUGUACCCUAUUGAGAGUGCUUGUCAAAUAGCUCAUCUCAUACUAAAGUGCCUUGAGCAAGACCACAAGUUUAGACCUAAUAUGGAUGAGGUUUUAGAGACACUUGAAGGGAUACAACAAAAAGGUGGGAAGAAAAAACCCAAGGACCAAAAUGCUAAAGCUAAACAUCACCACAACGAGCAACGCCGCCAGUGAUCGUCCCCUCUCCUGACCAACCACGGACAUAUCAGCCUCGGGGUUGCUGAUCGUCAGAAAAAUCAAAGCUAUUGAUCGAAUAGUUCUACCUCCAUUCAUUGUUAACUGUCUCUAUUAUGAAUUUUAUGAUACAUUAAAAAAUGGAUGAAUGUAGACAUAGUCACUUAAUGGUUCAGACUGUUUGUUUCAGCCUCUUAAUGGUUCAGAUGUCUGAAUGGUUAAGAGAUUUGCCUCUGAAUGGUUAAGUAUUAUACAGAGUCUGAAUGGUUAAGAGCUGUUAUCUGAAUUGAUCAGACAUUUGCCUCUGAAUAGUUAAGCAAUAUACUAGCUCUUAAUGGUUCAGACCUCUUACUGGUUCAGCACUUAAUGAUUCAGACCUCUUACUGGUUCAGCACUUA